GAGCAUGAGGAUCAGAAGGGAACCUCUAGUGAAAGCAGGCAAUACCUCUAGGACAAGUACAGAACACAAUUGGAAGGGAAUAUCAAUCUAUCAUAAGGAUAUUAAAUCUGCUCAUCACCCCUGGAAAAAUGACCCUGAACCGCAGUGAUCGUUUUAAGAAUCUGGAGAAAAGACGAGGCAGCAUGCCCUUUUCUAUGCACCAGCAGCUGCACCGAAGGAGCAUGCCAGUGGACGACAAGGAGUUGCACGGCAAUGCUCCUGCCAGGGAUCUUGCCCAGUUGGUGCGAUGCCCAUCUUACAACCCGGGAGACGAACACCGGGAAGGCUGGAACUCUGACUCGUCAGACUCUGUCAUCUCCUCCAGCAGUGACUCCGAAGACCAUGUGUUCAAAGUCAUCCUGCUGGGUGAACACGGGGUGGGGAAGUCCAGUCUGGCCAGGAUUUUCGGGGGCGUGGAAGACUUACACGAUGUAGAAGAAGCAGGAAAUACAUAUGACCGAUCUGUCGUGGUGGAUGGUGAAGAAGCUUGUCUAUUGGUCUUUGAUAUAUGGGAACAGGAUAAUACCCACUGGCUCCAUAACCAGUGCAUGAAAAUGGGAGACGCCUAUGUCAUUGUCUAUUCAGUGACCGACAAAGCCAGUUUUGAGAAGGCAUCGGAGCUCAGAAUCCAACUGAGACGGGCAAGGCAAAGCGAGGACAUCCCAAUCAUUCUAGUAGGAAACAAAAGCGACUUGGUCCGAUCAAGAGAAGUCUCAGUAGAAGAGGGACGUGCAUGUGCUGUUGUGUUCGACUGCAAAUUCAUAGAGACCUCUGCGGCCCUUCAUCACAAUGUGAAGGACCUCUUUGAGGGAAUUGUGCGUCAAAUCAGGCUGCGCAAAGACAGCAAAGAGGACAACGCUAGAAGAAUGGCCAGCAGCAAGAGGCGAGAAAGCAUCAGCAAAAAGGCCAAGAGAUUCCUUGGGAAGAUUGUAGCGAAAAAUAACAAGAAAAUGGCAUUUAAGCAGAAGUCAAAAUCGUGCCAUGACUUAUCCGUGCUUUGAGUAGCUUUUGAAUGGCAAUAUUUUGCCACCCCGAACUGAACAUUUACUUGACGUGAAAUGGAGAUACAUUUGGUGAUAGAUUAAUUAAACAAAUCUAUUACUCAUACUUUCAUUUCUAAUCAAUGCCUUAAUAAGCAAAACAGUGACUUUACGUUAAGACGUUGAUUUUGUAAAAGACAAUUUCGUGUUCAAAGUGUGGAAUGUGGAACGGAUUUACAAUGACUGUUGACUGCCCGUGGUCUUGGCAUUCUUCUGGAUCCAACAGAAAAGAAGGGUUUGACUGAAAAAAACACAUCACCAUAGACUUUUGUGUUAAAACUUGAAUUUUUUGUACGCAGGCUCGUACAUGCAUAAAUAUUUUUUUCUUACCGUCCAUGUAUCUAAAAUCACAUAGGCACAGAGACGUCUGAUUUGAAAUGUAGGCUACUAACAGAAUUGUACUUGCACUUCCAUCAACUGUUCUCAAAUGGAUUUAAUAUUUGUUUACAUGCAGAUUUUAUAAUAAACUAUAUACUGUUAUAAUAACA